UUUUAAAAAUAGAGUAAGUUUGGGGGGUUUUGGGUUGUUUUUGAGGGUUUAGGGUAGGGAAGAGGACCAUGUGGGUUUUUGGAGAGGUAAAUUUAAAGGUCGAGAAGGCUUGUGUUAAGGAAUUGGAUUAGAAUGGAGAAAAAGGGAUAUUUCAAGAUGUUGGUCUCUAAUCAUUAUUAUUUUUCAUAAAAUUAUGAAUAACUUUUAGUUCAAAAUUUAAAAUUUCUAUUUGUCUAAAGAAGACUUAAAUCUUUAUACCUACUUUUUCGAAAUAAAAAUGAUUACUUUUACCUCAUUCAUCACUAAUCUCAUUUAAUUCAAAAUCUUUUCUGUUAACUUCUAUACAGCGUGAAGCCAAAUGUUUGGAGUGAAGGACUAUACGAGGACCCAGAUAGGGAUGUCAAAGCCAGUUUAUUACGAAAGGGAUGGCAAAGGGAGAGAUUCAUACAUCUCUAUCAACAACGGAGGCCUAAAUCGUCCAAUGGAGAACAAUAUCUACAAUACUGGCUCCUUUAGUGCUAAGCAUACCAAAUCAAUGUAUGUCCCAAGCAUCGAAUGCAAGAAAGUCAGGUACAAAUCGAACGGACUAGGCAGAGAUGGAUACAUUUUUGAGAAUGAUGGAGGCCUUUCUGUUGGCGGCCAAAGGAGAGAUAUUUAUACCAAUGGAUUCUUAGACACCCUAAGACAGCCAAGGAACACCCAAACCCCAUUGGUUAGGAACAGAAGCAAAUGAAAAACUAUCAGAGAAAGGAAGGAUUUUUACAUGAGCAUGCAAAAUUUUUCAAAUUGGAAGCAGAAAAAGGAGUCUUCCCUCUUCAGACAAUACCAAAUGAGCAGAGACUGUACUCUAUCAAGACCUAAAAGAACUACUAAGAAGUAUACUACAAAACAGUUGACCGAUAAGUAUCUCAAGAGUUUCAAGAAGCAGCAGAAUUACUUGGAUAAAAUUAGAAAUUCUUAAUUAAA